CGUUAAACAGAAUAGUCGCCAUAGACAAAGUGAUAGUCGCAAUUGAUAUUAAUUUAAAAUAUUAUUGUGAAAAGAAUAAAAUAAAUAGGCAAUCAUGUUAGGCGUUCGUGUAAGUGCUUUUAAUGAAAAUGGGUUAGGAGAACCGGAUCAAGACGCUAAUUCGGCAUUAACAGAGUUAGAUAAAGGUUUAAGAUCCGGUAAAGUUGGUGAACAAUGUGAAGCCAUUGUUAGAUUUCCCAAGCUAUUUGAAAAAUAUCCUUUUCCAAUUUUGAUAAACGCUUCUUUGCUGAAACUCUCCGAUGUAUUUCGAAUGGGGAACAACUUCUUGCGAUUAUGUGUUUUACGGGUAUGCCAGCAGAGCGAAAAGCACUUAGACAAAAUAUCAAAUGUAGACGAGUUUGUUAGGAGGAUUUACAGUGUAAUACAUAGCAAUGACCCAAUUGCUAGAGCAGUCACUCUAAGGAUAUUUGGUGCAGUGGCUGCCAUUAUUCCGGAAAGGCAACAAAUCCACCACAGCAUUAGAAGCAGUUUGGAUUCACAUGACAGUGUGGAAGUUGAGGCUGCGAUUUAUGCCGCAAUACAAUUUGCAGCCCAGUCUAAAACAUUUGCCAUUAGUAUGUGUAAUAAGGUAUCUGACAUGAUUCAAGGACAAUCCACCCCUGCUAAUAUGAAAUUGCAGCUUAUUCCGAUUUUGCAAUAUAUGCACCAUGACACUAAUACAGCCGCCAUGGUUAGAUCGUUAUGUAUUGACCUUUUGCCAGGUUAUCCUGCUCAAGAUUUCGUUUUGGUAACAUUAAACACACUCACGAAGUUAGCUGCAGCCACCUUAGUCGACAUUCCUAGUCAAGUAAACUUACUGUUGAGCUACUUAAAAAAUGACCCAAGGUGGGAAGUGAAAUUGAAAGCUUUGGAACAUUUGUAUGAGCUAGCAAAACCCGGGGCACAUCUUUGGCCUUCGGGUGCAAUUGACGACAUUGUCGAUUUUGUUCUAAAUACUAAGCAGACAAAGAUACUUACCCCCGCCCUAGGUGUCAUACAGGUUCUCGUCGAGUCUCCUAGGAUGUGCCAUGAACAUCGUGCAGCAGGUUCUAAGCUUAAAGAACUGUGCAGCAACCACUGUUAUUCGCCGCAGCCGUGCGUAGCUGCUCAAGCGAUACAGAUUCUUACUGAGAUACUUUGUUAUUGUUAUCAAGAAAACCUGGAAACGGAUGGUGCAGACGAUGUCAUAGCUGCUCUCGAAACCCUCAUAUUACUUCUCACUUUCUCGAAUGAAAGACACCCUCUACAGCUUAAAAUUGCAUUAAAAUGUGCCGUCAGGUUAUGUGAAGCCAAGCAAGAAUACUGCGAGGUUUUCGUUGAACUUUUGGGGACGAGGCUGGAUAACAUCGACAGUGAAUACACAAUCGUAAUAUGCGAAGCCCUGGGCGCUAUCGGUGGGUUAAAACCGGAAACGUUGCUUCCACUCGUAGAUACCAUCCUGAACCUUCUAAUAGCGCUUCUGGACGUCGCAAGUCCCACGCAACUCCAAACCCACACGAAAACCAUGCUGUGCACCCUAAUUUUCCAAACUCUGUCCGGUUAUAAGUGGAACGAAUACACUUUCAACACGGUGUUAAAUGUAGUGGAUAACAAUAAUCUAUGGGCCAAUUAUUGCAUAGCGCGAGCCGCCGUACGUUACGGUCACCAUAAAAUAGCCCAUCACAUUUUCGAGGGGCUCACCGAGCAAGUCAGUUCGGAACAUUUCCAUUUCUGGUUGGUCUGCCUGAAGGAGAUGUCGAAGGCCGAGGCGCAACUGUAUAGCGAGGAAUCGGAGACGUUAGUUACGAGAUUGGACACGGCCAUCAUCCAUUACAACAAAGCGAUAGCGGCUCUAAAGGCCGCUAGCACACCCUCUCACAACCUCACAUUUCAAACCGAGUACAUGAAAAUCCGUACAGAGUUCCUACAGUGCUUACUCCAAUUGAUUUACACAUGCAAUAUUUUGUGCAUAGUACCGCCACCAGCCAUUGCUGCUACUAUCGUACAGAAUACUAGAGACGAAUACCAAAGACACGGUUAUAUUACGAAUCAACUGAGGAAAUGCGUAAAAGAGAUAAAAAAUUGCGGAGACAUGCACUGGAAAUUGUACCAAACCGCUUUCGACGCUGAUCCAGCUACGUUAGAGAAUAUGCAGAUACUUCAGCAAAUGUGUGUCCUACUCGAGCAGUGCGUUGAGAGUAUAUGCGUCAGCGGUGCACGAGUAAGAGACGAACCGAUUGAAUUCGGCUCGAAAAAUAUAAGACUGGAAUCCCAACAGCUGGUGAAGGCUUGCGAAAGCGCUUUGAAAGUGGCACAAAGCCUUUCAGAAGACUGCACUAACGCUACGAUUACUCACAAGCAAGUUGAAAUCAUUAAGGCCAUAGUAGAGGUGCUAACCAACGCUUCGUUACCGAUUCCCAGGUAUUUCUUCCAAGUUUUGCAGUCCACUAGCGUGAAAUUGGCCAUAUCGCCGCAGCCGCGGGUACUGGGGGAAUUUAUAAGCGUUCAAGCUGGUUCGCAGCUAGCGGUGAAGGUGGAGGGAGUCAUACAGCACGGGAUGAAGCCUGGGCUGUUUAGACGAAUUAAUGAGGUUAUCAUAACCGUAACUUCUCAGUUGCAGAGCAAUCCAAAAAAUAAGGAGGUUUUAGACCCAAAGCUUUUGGAGCAAGUGUCGGUUCUGACGCAAACCGUAACCCCCCACAAAGAUUUCUUUACCGCCCAGUUCUUGCUCGCUUUUCCUAGAGGCGGGCAGUAUUUGCUAGUAGUCGAAGCGUCUGUUGUCGACGAACAAAGCAAUACGUGGAAAACUGGGCCGAGGUCUUCGCUCACUGUAAAAGUGCCCGAGGAGGCAAAAUUAACGCCCAUUUCUGUACCUGGAAUGGCUAACAACGCCAAUGUGAUAUUGAUGCCUGAAGACAGUUUGUUUAUCAGACCGCAUCAAAAGAAAUAAAUCUGAUGGAGAAAUUUGUCAAUGCAACUUGAUUAUGUAACAAAUGUAAUUUUAUAUUAGAAUUAUUGCAAAGAAAACUUUUUUUAUAACUCUCCUCCUAAGUCCGUCUCCAACAGUCCAUCGUUUUCAUUUGCAUAGGAUUUUUCCAGUCCGAGUUGAACUUGCGUAGAUAAUGAAUAGGAAAUUGACAAUAAUUUUGGGAUUAAUUUUUAUUGAAAAAUAUAUAUUUUUAGUAACAAUUUGGUACAAUACAAGAUUCAUAACAAUGUCUAAAGAAACAAAAAACCCAAUUAUACAUAUAAAAAAUAAACAUUACAACAAAUAUAAAUUUUAUAUAAUAAAAAUAUGCGAAUAUGUGCAGUAAAUACACUUAAUAAUAAAAAGGUAUAUUGUCUUUCUUAUUUCUACUUACUACAUAUUUAUACUUAAGAAUUAGCAAUGAAAAAAUAUCUCAUUUAUUCAUUCGCAAUUACUGGCACAAUAUAUUUCUCACUCAUGAUAUCAUGGUAAAUAAAUGCAGGCUAAUAGAAAUCAACAAAAAAAUAUAUCAAGAUAUAAAAGUUUGCAGAGGGGAUUCUCUGAUCAAAAAUAAGAAAAACGGUUACUAUGAACAAAUAUUUAUUAUAUUUUUAGUUAUUCUUAUUUAUUUUGAUAGUUAAGUUGCCAAAGAAAUUAUGUUAGUUUUAUUUAAAGUUAUCGAGAAAUUUCAUAAAAAUUAUCACUAUGUUUUAAAUCACAUUGGAACAGUUAGGUAUAGAUACAAAAAAAA